UGGCACUGGGUGAGGUUGGGAUGUGAUGUAUUUCCGCUGCCUUGGAAUUGAUCAAAGCUGCGGACCGAUCUGAGUAAUAAACAGCAACACAUCUUUCCUGGUAUGGUACAAUACAACCUGCUGACUGCUUAAACUUCAGAAAAAUAAAUUAAAACCAGGAAGCAGAAAAUACAUCAGUUGAUGGAUGAGUGAAAGCUCAUUCUAUACUACCCUGAGAGCUGAAACCAGUGGGUUGAAUUACCUGAAAGACAGGUCAUAUCUUCAGGCAAUAAUUUGGUCAUCAUUGUGUGCAGUCAGAAUGUUUGCAGUCGAGCAGUUGAAGGUCCUUGAAAUUUCUUCAAACUCUCUGUUUUGCAAUGGGACACUGGACCAUCAAAUCAGAAGUCAAGCCAUUGGUGCUACGGACGUCAAACCAGACAAGAAUUGUAACAUUAUGGAAGAGGUGUAUGACAAAAAUGAAAACCUUGGCCAGCUUCUUUCUGAUGGGACCACAUUCAGCCUAAAAGGUGAACCCGUUUUACAAGUGGAGAAAGAGAUGAGUAGUUGUUUCCCCGUGAAAGGAUCUCCAAGUUUAGAAUUGGGAAGAAGACCAAUCAGUGUAGAGAAUGUCCGAGUUCCACCAGAAGGAGCUGAGAUGGGCCAUGCCACCAAAUCUGGCACAGUUAAGGAUUGUGAAGAGUUUGCUGUUUCUCCUUCGGACGACAACGGCUACUCCAGCAGCUGCCUGAGUAUUGAAAGUCCAGACAGCAUCGAAGGAAGCAUCUGGGAGGCCAGUGGAAUGGUGAGCAGUGAUAAUCUCGAUCUAUGGCAGCGAGCUGCACCGACCAAGAUCGAAAAUGUGUCAGGAACUUCGGCCACAGAUUCCCUACUGCCCUCAAUACUUGAGGCGGUUCAGAGUCUUCAAGAGAAGCAAAGAUUCAAAGAGCAAGAGAAAGAAAAGCAUCAAACCCAAGUGAUCAUGUAUCGGCGGUUGGCCUUGCUGCGUUGGAUCCGCAAUCUUCAGCAGAAAGUAAUGGACCACCAAAGCCGGCUGCAGGAGAGUUAUGACACCAUCUUGAACAACCGCAAGGAACUGCUCAAAUUCAUCAAACAAGGCGUCAUCUAGCAGCGGCAUCGGAGAAUUUGAUGUACCAAACUCAACAUUUCAAGUGGGACAAAAAAUUGGAAAACAACAAAUUAAAUCUGUAAGUCCAUCAGAAAAUACCAUUUACAUUUAUCAUUUUAGGUACGCCGUUUGCUGAUCAGAUUUUAAUAGUAAGCCGAACUCUACUGAUGAUGUCCUUCAAAGCACAGUAUUAAUAUAUCUUCAAGCAGUGGGUAUUUGAGAUUGGAAAUGUAAGCACUUUUUUGAUUUAGUUUUUGUCAGUGAGGAAUGGAUAGAUUCCUUUGCGCCUUUCUUGCAUUUUUUUUAACUGCCAGCAAACAUUACCCCCUCCCCAAUCCCCACUGUUUCUGAGAAUGUUUUAUAAGAUACGAUCAGACAGAAAUUAUUUUAAUGUGGUGAUAAAGGAUUGAUUUUGUAAUCCAUCACACUCAAUAAAACAAUGGAUGUUAUGGUCAUCACUUGAUCUAUACUGAGAUUAGUCAUUUCCUCACACUAAGAAAAUAGUUUUGUUCUUUUCCUGUUUGAUCUGUCUCUAGUCAGGAAAAUUCAGUUAGCAUAUCAUGCUACUACAUUAUUCACUUAUAGUAUAUGAUUUUACCAUGUCACAUUUUAACCCAAACUGACAGGUAUUAGUUUCUGCUACGCUUGACAUAGAAUACAUUUAACAACAAAGUGACUUCAUAAACGAAUUACUAACAAGUAUUUGCAGAAAUGCUAGUGAGAAAUGUUUAUUGCUCAACGAGAUUAAGAGGAGGAUUAUACAAGGAGGCAUGUGUUUUGACUGAUGUUUGAUACCAGCGUGCAAGACCCUUCUGUAAAUCCAGGCUCCAAACAGCUCUACUUGGCUUUGUUAACUAGAUUAUUGGAUUUAGAUAAAACUUGUAUUAAUAAGACCAUAUUUGUGAUCAAUAUUCUUUUGUGUUUGAAUUAUAGAGGCACUUUUUAUUAGUUAAAAUCCACCAAGUAAAUUUUUUAAAAAUAUAGAUUGACAUUAAAGAAAAAUGUGCUGGUGUAUGAAGUACUUCUUUGUCCAUAUUCUCUACUUAAGCUGAAACAAAUCAAAAUAUCAUUUUUGUUUUGAUGCAAAACUUCUAAUAAAGUUAAUUUAAGAUAAGUUCAUGCAAACAAAUUGCACUCUGUGUUCAAAUGAUUGCACCUUUACUUCAAUGAAAACAUAUAUUCAGACUCUCAAAUUCUGACAAAAAUGAUAGCACUACAUUUUAAAAUGAACAUAUGGAAAUACUGCUGCAUCUCAAAUGUUUCAUGAGAUCCACUAUGCAGAGUGAAAUUUGUAAAUUGUCUGCACUGUACAACAGAAACAGUAUUGGUUGACUAAUUGCUAAGGUAAAGAUCAUAUAAAAGCAAAGCUCUGCAGAUACUGGGAAUCUAUUAAAAACUGAAAGUGCUGGAGAAAUUCAGCAGGUCUGACAAUCUGUGGAGAGAGAAAACCAGAGUUCUGAAUUUGAAUUUGAGUUUAGAAUUUAUUGUCAUAUGUACUCUUACAAGAAAAAUACCAAUGAAAAGUGUUAUAAGUGGCGUUACCAUGGUGCCUGUAUUAAUGACAGAAGUCAUAUGUAAAUUCAUAAGUAACAAUGAAAAGUAAAUUUAGCACACAAGUUCAUCACAGUCCAUUUAACGGCUCCUGGUUUUGGAGCAAGCCGAUCAAUCCAUGACGAGGACACCACGCUGGGCCACCGGGAAAAACUGGGCCGAAAGCCCCCACUGAAGAAGACUGUCACCAAGAAAAGCAAGAGUCAGUUCGGACUUAAAACGCUAACCCUGUUUCUGUCUCCAAAGAUGAUGCCAGACCAGUUUGUUGUUUUUAUUUGUAAGAUAUUAUCAUGUGCAUUUUUAUUUGAGAGCUCUGUGAGCUGAAAAUGGCCCACACAGAAUGUAUUACUGGUUGAAUAUUAAGUUGCUCCAAUUGUGUCAGCCUUCUUCCAGACAGCAUAUCAUUUUCACGCAGGAGGAAAUGGGCUGCUCUGACCCUUUGCAAACUUGGAACAUUUCUCUUUUUCGCUUGCUUAAAGCAUUUGUACAAAUCAUGUAGACAUGGCUGCUCUGUUGUAAAAUAGUUAACACCAAGCUUAUUAUAAACACCUUGAGAGGAAAAACAAUUCUAUCUGUAUCACAAAUUUUAUUCAAUAUAGGCCUUUUGUUAACAAAUAUUUGCACAAAUUUAAUCGUAAAUGUUUUCCCGAUACUAUCACUGAGAUCAUGUGUUUAAUCAAAAUUUCUGAUGUGCAAUUUGCAAUAUGAUAAAAAGCAAUGUGGUCCACUUUUAUGUAUUCCUACAACAUAUAUCUGUGUGUAUAAAUGCGUGCAUAUAUAUAAUAUAGUCAAAAAAUCAAUGUUGAGCUCCAACAACAAUGACGUUUUGCUCAAAAUUUGUCAAGGGAGAGUAUCUAAAAUAAAUCAGUUAUUUAUUAA